AUGCCGACCAUCGCCGUGGACAAGGCUGCUCUCUUCAAGGAGUUGGGCCGAACAUACACGACGCAAGAGUUUGACGAGCUAUGUUUCGAAUUUGGUAUCGAGUUGGACGAGGACACGAGCGAAAGCACAAAGCCCGAAGAUCUGGCGCAACCACCACAGCUCAAGAUUGAAAUCCCGGCCAACAGAUAUGACAUGUUGUGCUUCGAGGGUAUUGCCAUGAACUUGAAGGUUUUCCUGGAACAACAAAAGCUGCCCAAGUGGACUCUGACACCGCCGAAAAGUGGAGAGUUGGAGGUUUUGGAUAUCAAGCCCGAGACUAAGCAAAUACGAGAGCUUUGUUCAGGUGUCAUUCUAAGGGGCAUCACUUUCACAAAAGAACGCUACGAAUCCUUCAUUGCCCUACAAGACAAGCUACACUCAAACUUGGCACGCCAGAGGACGCUGGUAUCCAUAGGAACACACGAUCUGGAUACAAUCAAGGGUCCCUUCUCCUAUGAAGCACUACCACCAGAGCAAAUCAAGUUCGUCCCCUUGAACCAGACCAAGGAGAUGAACGCCAAGGAGCUUAUGGAGUUUUACGAUAAAGACAAGCAUCUCGGCCGUUUCCUGCAUAUCAUCCGCGAUUCACCCGUAUACCCCGUUAUUUACGACUCGAACAGAACCGUCCUCUCGCUACCUCCUAUUAUCAACGGCAACCACAGCAAGAUUACUUUGGACACGAAGAACGUUUUCAUUGAGAUUACUGCCACCGACAAGACCAAGGUUGAGAUUGUCUGUCACAUGCUCGUAGCCAUGUUCGCUGGAUACGCUGAAUCGAUAGAGCCAAUCAAGAUCAAUUCACCACACAAUGGCGAGUCGAGAGAAUCGCCAGAUUUGUCGCCAAGGCAGACGCAGGCAGAGGUUGACUACCUGAAUCAGGUCACUGGUCUGGACCUGUCGCCAGAAGAGAUUUGCAAGCUUUUGUCACGUAUGGGUCACGAUGUCUCGCCAUCAAAGUCAGAUAAGAACAUUCUAGAUGUCUCAGUGCCGAUUACUCGAGCAGACAUUCUGCACCAGGCCGACAUAAUGGAGGACUAUGCCAUCGCUUAUGGCUUCAACAAGUUGCCACGAGUGUACCCGAACAAGACCGCUGCUGUUUCAGCACCAUUACCGAUCAACAAGCUCGGCGACAUUGUACGAUUAGAAUCUGCUUCUGCGGGAUGGACCGAAGUCAUGCCUCUCAUUCUCUGCUCACACGAGGAGAACUUUGAAUGGCUGAACCGGAAAGACGACGGAAAGACGGCAGUGAAGCUUGCAAACCCCAAGACUGCUGAAUACCAGAUCGUACGAACAUCGCUGUUACCCGGUUUACUGAAGACGAUCAACUCAAACAAGCACCACUCAGUUCCUAUGAAGAUUUUUGAGGUCAGCGAUAUUGGACUUGUUGACUUGGAGCAGGAGAGAAAGAGCAAGAACGAGCGACACUUUGCGGCGGCCUACAUGGGCAAGACUAGCGGGUUUGAGCAAGUACAUGGUCUGCUGGACAGGCUGAUGCUCAUGCUUCGAUCCGCCUUUCUGACCCGGGAAGAUGGAUUGAAGAAUGAGCAGCUCCAAGGUUACUGGAUAGAAGAGGUUGAUGAUGCUACUUUCCUUCCUGGACACGCAGCGGCCAUCAAGGUGAACCUCGGUGGCAAGAACCACACCAUUGGUGUUUUUGGUAUUUUGCACCCGAGUGUACUGCAAAAGUUUGAGCUUCCAUACCCCGUCAGCACGCUAGAGUUCAACCUUGAGGUGUUCUUGUAG